AUGACAAUAACUAAAUAUCAUAUAUCAAAAUUAUUUGAUCUUAUACCAAAUAUGGAAGAAUACUCGCCAAUUAAUAUAAAUAUAUUUAAUGAACAUUAUUUUAUUAUACGUUAUAAAUCUUGUCAAUAUGCAACAAUUAUUAAUGAUUUAAUAAAUCAAUCACAAAAUGAAGAUACAUCAAGAAUUGGUCAAUUAAUUCAUCAAGUUGCCAAAAUCUUACACAUUAUACCUCAACAUUCUAUAUCUGAAGAUUUUAUUCGUAAUAUAUUUAAUCGAUUUGGUAAUUUAAUAGAUGUUCGUUCGAUAAAUUCACAAUUAUGUUAUAUUAUGUUCAGUGAUGAACGUAAUGCUGAUAUUGCUAUGAAAACAAUGAAUGGACAAGAAAUUCCAUUAAUUCGUACAUGUACUGUUGAAAGUAAUACAUCUGUUGAUUCCACAACAACUUCUGUUGUACAUUGCAAACGUCAAAAAGCAUAA